AUGAAAUCUAAAUUACAAUUAUUUUCAAAUAACAUCAUACAUGAUUUCAUGAACAGAUCAACAAAUAACAUCAUACAUGAUUUCAUGAAUAACUCAACAAAUAACAUAAUACACGAUUUCAUGAACAACUCAACAAAUAACAUCAUUCAUGAUUUCAUGAACAACUCAACAAAUAACAUAAUACAUGAUUUCAUGAACAACUCAACAAAUAACAUAAUGCAUGAUUUCAUGAAUAACUCAACAAAUAACAUAAUACAUGAUUUCAUGAACAACUCAACAAAUAACAUCAUUCAUGAUUUCAUGAACAGAUCAACAAAUAACAUAAUGCAUGAUUUCAUGAACAACUCAACAAAUAACAUAAUACACGAUUUCAUGAACAACUCAACAAAUAACAUCAUUCAUGAUUUCAUGAACAGAUCAACAAAUAACAUAAUGCAUGAUUUCAUGAACAACUCAACAAAUAACAUAAUACACAAAAACUUAGAUAACUCAUGGUUUAAAUAA